GCAUCUGCUAUGAAGUAACUAAUAAUAUUCAUCUUCAGCUGCGCGGAUUUCCGAUAGCUUAAUCAUUAUCUUCCCGAAUGGAUGGAUACGGAGCAGUGCUCCAGACGGCUUCUUAUACAUAUUUCUCCAUCACACUCCAAGAGCUUGUGAUCCCUGUCUCAGAACUUCCCGCCGUCCUUUGGAGUUUACUUUGUUGCCACAUGGAUCCCUUCCUCUGGGCUCGUUGCGUUGUCAAGACUGACGAUCAAGCCCACAAUGGCCCUGAUUGCUCCGAAUUAUCAAGCUAUCGUGACUCCUGACAGCCCUAUUGGUGGGGCCAGCAGGACAAGAAAAGGUAAAUGGAACGCGGCGUCAAAACGGAUGCGCCUGAUGCGUCAUCCCAGGUUGCUUCGCUUGAAUAUCUUGUCCAUUUCCGGGCCUCUCUUGAUGAGAGAGCUUACGAUGAUCUGAUGUUAUAAAGUCAAGUUAAAAGGUCGGUUCCCGGCCAUUUGUUUCCUCGUAUUUCGAUUGCUUCAAACUAUCCCAAACGAGCGUUUUGUUUGAUCUCAUUACCAUUCGUACUUCUGGAAAUUACUUUAUUGAGUAUUCUAAAAAGAAUAUUAAGCUCAGUGUGUAGUCGCAUCAGCCUGUUCCAUCGUCCUUUGUCUCGCUGCGGAAAGCUCACUUGGCACAAGCGAUCAGGACGGGCGAUAUACACCUAAAAACAGAGUGAUAGUUAACUGAUUGUCAUUUGACAACCCAACCUCCCUUUGAGGGCUUUGGUUGAAUAUGCCAUUUCUAUCUCGUGUUGUUUCUGUCUUUCUCCGGAUUGGGGAGAUAGGCUUCGGAGCAGUCGUUGCUGGUAUUAUAGGAUCUUAUCUGCAUGACUUUGACGGCACCGAUGUCUGGCCACAGGCACGUUGGAUCUAUACCGAAGUUGUGGCCGGCGUCUCCAUUCUUCUGGCUCUGCUGUGGCUGCUGCCUUUCUCAGGCUCGUUCUUCAUGUGGCCGACUGAUCUGGUCCUGUCGUUUGCAUGGUUUGCUGCGUUUGGACUCCUAGUCAACGCUCUCAACGACCUGGAUUGCGGCGGGGUGUUCGAAUGGGGCAAUAUCACCGGGGGCACUACCUGUUCUAGAUGGAAGGCUUCUGAGGCGUUUAGCUUCCUCUCUGCGAUUUUCUGGCUGGUCUCCACGGUUGUGGGUAUUUGGUUCACUUUCCGCGUCCAUGGUCGGCAUGCGCGCCCCGUUGCUGGGGAUGCUGUAUAUGGUCGUCGUCAUCGUCGAUGGCCUGGCCGUCACAAUGUUUAAGCUGCUCAGCGUUCUGAUCUUCAGAAGACAUGAAGAGGCCGUCUCUCCUUUCCUUUUUAUAGCUUGUGUUUCACCCGAUAUUCACUUACGAUAUGCCGGGUAUAGAGAGCUUUAUGAAUGAUGAAAUUCCUCACAAUUUCCCAUCACUGGGCAACACUUUGAUUGAUAAAUGCUAGUCGUCUCUCUAUUUUCGAAGUGCAUCUCCUUGCAAUGUUAAUAUCAAGAUCCCACCUUUCACUCGAGAAUACCCUUGCUUAUUUAUUUCGAGUCGAGAUUUUCAAUGAAUAUGUAAUUAGGAAGUGACACAUAUCCACGUGGUCCAUUUCAGUGCUAUUUUUCCUCUUGAUAUGCUUUUCAACCAUCACUUGAACAAAAUUCCUGCCCCUUGUUUUGGGAGUCAACCAACAAGAGCGCUUCAAUGCCACAAUAGUUUCAAUUUCCC